AUGAUCAGCCUGAUCCGCGCGGAGCCGCAGCUCCACACGCCCAUGCACUUCUUCCUGAGCGUGCUCGCCAUCGUAGACUCGGGCUUCUCCACGGCGAACACCCCGGGACUGCUGGGGGGCUUGCUCGCCUCCAGCCAGUCCGUCUCCUUCGCAGGCUGCGUGGUCCCGAUGGCCCUCAUGACGCGCCACGGCACCGCCGAGUGCCUCAUCCUGGCCGUCGUGGCCUACGACCGCUUGGCCGCCCUCUGCCGCCCUCUGCUCUACGGCAGCCUUUCGUCCCCUCGUCUGUGUGUCCAGCUGGUGGCGGCCACCUACACGGCUUCUGUUGCCAGUUCCGCUUUGCUGACCGGGAGCGUCUCCAGCCUGCCCUACUGCGGCCCCAACAUCAUUCACCACUAUUUCUGUGACAUCCCCCCGGUGCUCCAGCUUGCCUGCGGAGACAGGGCCCGGGCUGAGGCCGUCAUCUUCCCGCCUGCUGCCCUGAUUCUCCUCUGUACCAUCACCUUUACCCUGGUCUCCUAUGGCUUCAUCCUGGUGACCAUCUGCAGGAUGCGCUCCCUGGAAGCUCAGAGCAAAGCCCUCUCUACCUGCACCUCCCACCUUGCCCUCAUCUGCCUCUUCUACGGCACCACCACUUUCAUGUACACCCAGCCCAGCUCGCGCAGCUCCACGGAGCAGAACAAGGUGGUGUCUGUCUUCUACACAGUCAUCAUCCCCAUGCUGAACCCUCUGAUCUACAGCCUGAGGAAUAAAGACGUGAAGGCUGCUCUAAAGAACAGAUGCCUUGGCCUGCUGCCUUCUUAA